UUCUUAUCCAUCCAUAUUCAUACGUAUCGCCUCUUAUCGUUCGCACUCUUCGCGUACUCUACUAGUGUCGGUGCAUCGAACCGUUACUAUUUUUUAACUCCUUUUAUACAUUUUUUUUUAAACAAUGGCAAUAAAUGCUGCAAAAGCGGUUCUUAAAAAGGGAAAAACUGUUUUAUUUAUGUGUGAAUUUCAAGAAAGAUUCGCAAAAGCCAUGUUCGAAUUUGAUAAAGUUAUUGAAAAUUCUGUAAAAUUGGUAAAUUCUAUGAAACUUUUAAAAGUUCCAAUGAUCGUAACGGAACAAAAUCCAAAAGCUUUGGGCAAAACUGUACCUCAACUAGAUAUAUCUAGCGCUAAAGGUCCUUUUGAGAAAACCCAAUUUAGUAUGUGUACCGAUGAAGUCAACGAAGCGCUUUCCAGUAUUUGUUGCGGAACCUAUCCAGAGUCUGUAAUACUUAUCGGACUUGAAACUCAUGUUUGCGUUGAGAGUACAGCGAUUGACUUAAAAAUGAGUGGAUACGAGGUUCACGUCGUGGCAGAUUGUUGUACGUCUCGCACGCAAGAAGAUAGGUUAUUAGCAUUGCAGAGGAUGCAAGCAAUGGGAUGUCACGUAUCUACUUCUGAGACUGUUAUUUUUAAAUUAAUAGGAGACGCAAAACACGAAGAAUUUAAGAACAUUCAAAAACUUAUAAAAACGCCUACGUUAUAUACAGGGCUCGUACCCGUAUCAAAGAUAUGAGAUCUCAGUUUCUUCCGUUUGAGAUCUCGUCUAUAGAAAAUAAAUGGAUUAUGGAGUAUAUUUUUGUAUAAAAUUUGAAAGGUUAAAAAACGAGUAUAUUAUUUGAUUGUAUCGUACAUCGAUAUUCUAAGAAAAACGGUAAAAAACUUGAUACGAAAUAAAGAAAUAAAAAUUUGUUUGGUAUAGUAAUACAAAAA